GGCUUCGGGUAGUUGACUCGACUGGAAACGACCGUUCCUGCUAGCUGUGCCUUGGCUAAAGCAAGCCGGCUGCCUGCCCUGCACCGUGGAGAGAAAGAAAAAACACCUCAAAGUAUUUGUCACGAUCAAGGUGAAUUCAGUUUCCACGGACUUGUGCCCGGUGAAAGCUCCCCAGGAAAAACGGCUUCUUCCCCGCCCGCGACUUGCUGCUGAUGUCGCUCACCGAAUAAUUUGCUGGUCUUUUCGAUUUCCGAGGUGAACAAAAACUACAGAAAGAGAUCCAGGUUGAAUUGAAGUCUACGUUUCUUCCGUAAUUUAAAAUCACCUCCAAAUAUCAUCUCAUAUUUAUCUGGGAAAUUGUUGACCUGAAACAUGUAAAGAUUGAGGAACGAUAUUUGGAGAUUUGUACCUGUUUUCGUCGAUGAUAAAAUAUAUUUUUCUCCCGGGAGUCAUAUUUCAUCGGAGAAAAGUACAUUCCGGGUCGACUGAAAAUCAUGUACCAUUAAUUCCAGCGGGCAUCGGGUUCAACAUCAGACAGGAACACCCGGGUAUCUUCCCAGUGAAAAACACCGGUCAAAUUGCUCAUUUUUCAUCUCUUUGACCCAGGUCAAUAAAGAUUUCCUCCCAACACAAAAUGAAGCGUUCUUCAGUAGACAUGGAGUUCGCCGACAGACCAUACCUCAUGUGUAAAUCACCAAAGAUGGACGCCAUCUGUAACAACAACAACAACAAUGAGCCCAUCUUCAAGAAACUCCCACCGACCAAACGCUGGAGUGGACUCUACAAAGGGGAGGACCGCAUGUCCAUCUCCCCCCUUGCCAAAAGCCCCAGCAAGGACGAAGUAUUUCUCAGCGAGGAGUCUUCAAUGGACGCAAACCCAAUUCACUGCCGCCCCCCACUUCCCCCACCCCCAUUACUGAUGGUCCCCGGACUUAUCCCAACGAGCGUCGGACAGGUCACACCAAGAACCAGCGAGGGUUUGUUGAUGAAAAGCCAGCGCCAAUCCCUCGGAGGCAUGGACUCCCCACUCUGUGGCCUCAGUCCCUUCACCGUCCUCCCCUCCCCAAGUUGUCAACCCUCACCGUCGCCCAGUCUUCCCACCCCGGGUGCAUUCCUCCCACCAUCACUCCCAAACGGGAACUUUCUUUUCCCACCGUUCACUGCCGGGAUCCCGUUCUCCGCAGCGACACGUUUCCCGUUCCCGCCGCAACUGCCGUUCCAGACGCACCAGUUCCUGCGCGAGAACGAACUCAAAGUCAGAUCGCAGUCGGAGAGCGCCGUCUCCGGGCUGGACAGCCAGGGCCACAGCGAGGAGAGCAAUUCAGACGAGGACGACUCGUUGAUGCUGUGCAGCAUCUGCUGCGACAAAGCCACAGGGUUGCACUACGGCAUCAUAACCUGCGAGGGGUGCAAGGGUUUCUUUAAAAGAACAGUUCAGAACAAAAGAGUAUACACUUGUGUCGGGAGCGGAAAUUGUGAAGUAACAAAAGCCCAACGGAAUCGUUGUCAAUAUUGCCGGUUUCAGAAAUGUCUACACAUGGGAAUGAUGCUCGAAGCUGUUCGUGAGGACCGGAUGCCAGGGGGUCGGAACACCGGACUUUCAUACAAGAGUAAACCGAAGAACUAUGACAAACUCCGCAAGAAGUUCCAGCAGAUCGCUCAACAGAAAGCGCAGCUAAGUCGCAAGAACCGGGCCGAUAAACAAGCCCUGAAAGCAGCCAGAGACACGCUCAAAUCCGAGAAAGACCAGAAGUCCAAGAGCUCACCGCAAAGUCCAUCGUCGGGCGGGGGCAGCGCGGGCAUCCACAAGCUGAACUCCCACUCCCACAUCGACGUACGGCAGCUCAAACCCCAGACGGCACAGCUUAUCGAGGUCCUCCAGCAGACCGAAUCGGCCGUCUUGAAAGUCUCGUCUAAAGAGAAGGGGAAAACCGGAUCGCCGGCCCUCAUUGCGGGGAUGACCCUUGAUGAGUUUUUGGGGCAGCAGUGCUCGCUCGGCGACACCCUGGUCUUCAACCUAGUCCAGUGGGUGAAGCACCUCCCCUUCUACACCCAGCUAUCGCAAGUUGAACACACGUACAUCCUGAAGACGAAGUGGGUGGAACUCUUGAUCCUGUGCACGGUCUCCCGGGCAAUGUAUUUCAAGCAGAACAGUGGUGAGAAGGUACUUGGGUUUGAGCACUGUGUGCAUCAGAAUCUACUCACCCUACAGGAGUGCAUGAACAAGACGAUGGAUCUCAAGUUGGACAUGGGCGUGUUCCGGGAGGAGAUGGGCGAAGCCGUUGAGGAGCUGACGAGACUCGCCGCAUCGUUCAGGACGCUCAACAUCUCACGCAAUGAGUACUUACUCCUUAAAGUCAUCAUCCUUCUUAAUUUCAAAAACCGUUCAAGCAGCGAUCUCGUCCGCCAGGUCCAGCAUCCGUACGUCUUGGCCCUGCGAGACUUCAUCGAAGUCAACCACCAGCUCAGCCGCUUCGAGGAGAUUAUGAGCCAACUUCCCGAGUUGCAGAAGUGCUCGGAGCUGCUGUCCAACAGCAAACUGAUUUACAUGCCGUAUCUGCUCAACGCGGUUGCCAUGGCGAAAUCCUGAAGACGCUGUCGUCAUCUCCGGGAAGGACAUAAAGAGAAAAAAUGGUACGGCAAUGCUUAUCGGACGUUAACUUUUUUGAAUGACUGGCCAGCGGGACCAGUGAGCUUGUCAUUUUACUAAUCUGUCAGCGUUUUUUUCAUUAGUUCAUAUUUCAUAGAGAUGCUUUUUCAAUACUGAACUAGCCAACAGGACCAGCAGCAGGAGAGUGUAUUGGGACUGGUCCUUAUGUGUUUUAACUGUCAUUUGGCCGGCAGAAAACUGUUCAAGGGAGAACUUUGAUUUAUGAAAGCGGUUAUAAUCCACAGUUCGGAAUGUUAGAAAUUCACUCCAAAAGUGUAACGAUGGAUAUGUCCAAUUUGAAGAACAACAAAUCUGACAUCAGUUAGUUUUCAACAGGUAGAAAAAUUGAUGAUAUUCAAAAAUCGAGACUGAUGUAAGAUCGAAAGUGUACAUCAACAAUUAAUACUUUGGGAUUGAACAAAGACAAAUUAACUAAAGCAGGUGUUGAACCUGUGAUCUCCGGACUAACGUGUCAGAGGUCGAAGGUUCAAGUCCUGCUGUAGUUGGUGUUUUAUUGUUGAACGAACAGUUAUUAAACAUUUACCACGUCGUUUCCCUUGUGGAAACAAUAUUUCUUUGUUAUAAUUGCUGGCUUUUAUCAGAGGGUUCUCUUGAAGUAUUUGAACUUUUGAGAACGAUUUCAUGAAUUCGUAAAUCUGACAAAGAAUUUCCUGAAGGUAGGCGCUGUUUGACCAAGUACCAUUUUUUCUUGUUUGAGAAAAAACAUGUAUUCCAAACCACCAAUUAAAAAAACCUAAAAUUGUGCAUUAAAUUCUUUGUGUGUUGUAGAUAUUGUAAUAUAUAUAAAACUGAUGUCUAAUACUGGUAAUAGGACUUUGAAAAAGAAUCCUGUUUGUACAUAGUUUUUAAGAAUUAAAAAAUAGAAAACAGAAAAAGUGUUACCUCAAAACUCUGGAUUUAUAGAAAAUAUUUCGCCAGAGGGCAAGACUUAAAACAAAGUUUGACACUUUCUAAAAAAUAGCUGAUGAUAUCAACAGGUGAUGGUAAAUAUAAAGAUUUGAAGCAAAAACAAAAAGAGUCGCACAAGUUCAGAAAUUAAUUGUAAAUUCCUUGGAAAAUGGUUUUUAUCUGUUCUAUAAACCAACACUUUAGGUGUUAACACCUUGCUGAUUAAAUAAUCAAGGUGGCCAAACAAAUGAACCAACUAUGGAUUUAUCGUCAUUUCCUUGACUUACACACCUCAAAUUAACCCAUUGCCACCCACACAGUAAUUGCCGCGAUACCCUGUGCUUUUGCUGUGGUGCCCUUUGCAAAGUUCCAAUACAAGAUGAUAUUUGCCUCAAAGAAGUGCCCCUUAUCAGAGCAGAAUUGCUGUGCCCCUUCAUAAACAAAAUUCAAGGCCUGAGCCUACACACUAACUUUACGCAAGAUAUACAUUCAAAUUUGAGUUUGGAUUACGAAAAACCUUUUCCUUCUCAAGUUUAUAACAGAAGUUCAGUGUGUGGCAUGGACAAUGGAUUUCCUGUAUGGUAAACGUUAGCAUUGAAGCUGUGGUAACGGUGAAAAUGAUAUUUCCCUAAAAAUCUUCCUGGGGCCUGAACAUUAUAUUUUCGCCUAGGGCUAAAUAAAAGGGACGUGGCAAUGAUAAUAGUGAGGGGCCCUGCACCUUUCGUCAGCAGUGGACGCACUCACUGUUCUGACCAAUUCAACCAUUAUGGUGUCCCUAUUAGCAGAACUCAUAUAAAUCCGACCAUAAGGUGUUUGCAACUCAUUAAUGUCCAAAUAUGGUCUAAGAGAGGACAUCUGUCUCAAAAUGUCAAGGGCCUGUGUAGAAAACAAAAUCAUUAAAAUAAAAAUAAAAAAUAAAAAUAGGUCAAACAACAAAUACUGUAAUUGGUGCAUAAUUGCUGAAUCCAUACACCAGCACUUUACAGGUUUCAACUUCCUCUAAAUUGUUACUUGAGUUGUUACAAAACUUCACUGUGGGUGUUUUUGUCGCUGAGGACGGGAAACAAAUAACCAUGUUUUUGGAAUUGCAGGUUUUGUUUGGUUGAAAAAAGUGUUUUAUUUGGAAAGAACUAUUGAUCAGAAGUUUUUUUAAAUUUAUUUUGAUUUGUCUCGAACUACAAAAGGGGACUUCCAAAUUAUCCCAUAACUCUUUUGAAUUUGUUCUUGUUAAAAUGGCGUAAAAUUCUUUACUUUUUGUACCCCCAGCACCUGUUGAUAUUAAAAAAUAUUAGCGUAUUAUUCCACCGAAAAAAACAUUCUGUACCUAUAUUUCUAUAUAUAUAUCGUGUGUGUGUGUGCGUUUGGUGUCACACACAAUUUUAGCCAAAGAUAAAUUUGGCGGUUUAAACAUAAACUUUAAAAAGUAUAUAUUUUGGGAUAUAUAUAUAUGAGUGAGGGCUUUGUGAAAGAACAUUUUUUCGUAGUAACUUUUUUGACUUGGAUGUGCUUUUAUAGAUGUUUAAGAAACUUGAAGCAUAUUCUCCCUGUUAAUGGAGAGAUGAUAGGAUCCCACCGAUUUUCCUCAUAAAUCCGCAAUGGUUCGAUUUUAAAGCACCGACAAGAUGCCUUCUGGGUUUGUAUGUUUUUCUGUGAGUCAGGUGAUUAGUCAUGUGAUUGGUCAUGUGAUUGGUUGUGUACUUGGGUGUUCCGAAAAGUAAACACACAUCUAGAUUCCAGUAGUUCUGCACAGUCUUUUUCUUACAAAGAAGUAUGAAUUUGACUAAGUUAGCUUUGUGUUCCUUAGAAAGAAAGUACAAGGGGUUGUUUCUCUUGGGUUUUUUUUUUUUUUUUAAAGUAGAGUCAAUUACGACUUUGAAAUAGUGAGUGGUAUUUUGCUUCUCCCAAAGUGUAUUUUUGUUGUUAUUAUGGAUGUUUUUGUGUGGGGCCUACAGAUAAAGAGAUGGAAGAAAACGAAAACCACCGACAGUAUUGCGUUUUUUUUGUAUAUAUUCUCCUUAUUGAUGCAUUUGUAUACUUGUCCACAAGAAAAUAUUCCUAUGAAGAAGAAGAAGGGAGGAAAAAAAAGUCUUGUUUGUAAAUGUGUUGGAGCAGGCCUCCCGUAUUUUAAAAAAAAAAGUUACCAAGGUUUUAAAAACAAAAAAAUAUGGUGUGGUGAUGUUGGCGUUUAUGUGUAUUGUGAAUUGUACAAAUGAACAGUGUUGUGUUUUUAAUUCAUUCAGAUUUAAGUCGUAUUUAAGUGCUUUCUUUUGAUCUUCAAAGAGGGUUACAAAAAAUUUAAUAUAUAUAUUAAUUAUGUGGUGUUGGUAAAUAAGUAACUUAAGCAAGUGUGAUGUGAGCUUUGUAUAGGAUGUCAUGAAGUAGAAUGUCUGUAUUUUAAAUUCAGCCAUUUUUGUUAUUUCAUCUGGUAGUUCUAUUUUUUUUUUUUUUUUUUUUUCUUCAGAGAAGGUGUUUUCCUAGUUUUCUUAAAUUAUACACUUGUGUUGUUGCCACAUUUUAUGGAACUCUUAUUCAGUUGUAAGGGCAGUGGGGUUUUUGCCUUCGAUGUAAGGGCCUUGUCACACGAAGCAACUUUUACAGGCAACUUGCAGACAACCAAUUGCAGUAUGUUCUAUAGGACCACUUUUGUUGCACAUGAGCAUUUUUUCCAGGCUAACAAGGUCUUACAAUCUCAGAGAAUAAUAUGUGUAAAUUCAAACAUGAAUGCCUUUCUUUAAUGGGGAUAGCCUGGAACUGGUUGCCUGUCAAUAGCCUGGUGUGCUUCAGUUUUGUUUGGCCGUUUUUAAAAUAGUGGAUGCCUUUACCAACAACUGCAGCCACGAUUCGGACAACGCCUUAUACAUGGUUAACAGGGAGUAAAAACAAAGAUGGCCACACCUAGAUAAACAGUCCAAUGCACUCAAAGUGUUGUGUAGUUAAAUAUCUUUAAGUCUGUUCCUUUUAGGAUACACUGUGUAGUUGUUUAGAUGAAAAUAGGAUAAUGUCGAAGAAGAUUCAGAAGUCUUUGGUUCUUUGUACCCUGCAAAGGUUCCAUGGUACACUGUGGCGCUCCCUGCCUACUAUUUCAUGGUAUACUUGGAGAGGUUUUAUGUUAGGCCGUGUCGUAAACGGCGACUUGGUUACAGCUACGGCUAGAUCAGCGUGUCUGCCAGUGUUGAAGAAUAGGCAGGCGAGAGUGAUCUAGCCGUAGCUGUUGCCGAAGUCGCCAUUUCAAACGCAGCCUUAGACGGCAAAGCAUCGUUGGUACCCAGUAAAAUUUCCUUGGUACUCGCACAUAAAUUCCUUGUAAUUGGCAGAAAUUCCCUUGCUUCAUUCAGACAUCCCAAAAAUUUGCAGUGUCAGAAAUGACGGGUCCGAAUCGUUUGACCAAAAGGCCCUAUCUACUCUGUAGUUCCGUGGUACAAUUUUCCUUAAAUAUACAAAUCACUGUAGCUAUUUACAUGUGUGACAAGGCACUCUAAGUGCACUAGUUCUCCUUUAAGUUGAGUUGUAGUUCACAGUACACCUGUGAAUUUGUCCCGUUUACACUAGUAUUUCCUGAUAACCCAUCACAUUAAUUCUCACUCAUAUUUCCAUGUGACUACUUAAUAAGUUGUCUACAGUUAUAAUUUAUUACUUUCUUAGAAAGUCUCUUUUAAAAUUAAACUUUAAUUCAACCUUAAAAAGAAUGUUUUUGCCCAAAAGAAACACCAAUAUUUCUGUUAAAAUCAGGGCAUCUUUGGACAUCAUUGUAUUACAAAAUUCCUGCUUACAAAUGCUACUGCACUUUAUAGAACUGCAUCUUAAAAGUGUAUUUGUUUAAGAGUCAAACUGCACAUAGCUGUUUCUUUUUUAAAACUUUUUGAUGAUGUUUUUACUCUACCAACUUUGGCCAAAUUCUUACAUUAUCUUGGUUUAAAGCUAUACGCUUAGCAGGAACUGAACAUUAUCUGCAAAUGAGCACGUGAAGUUUGUUUUCUUGCAAGAACUUGAAGGAUGUGUCAUUUCCAUUAAUAUUCUGAUGUAUGUUUUAAAGAUGCCCUUAUUUUAAAACCAGUAUUUAAGAAGUUUUUUUUUUCUUCCCAAAAUUGGUGUACGUAAAAAUGUCUAAAUGAAAAAUACCCACCUACCUACCUUUUGCUUUUAUUUGGUGCUGUGUACAUUAUACAAACUUAAUUAAACAAAGUAGGCACUGUGCGGUCAUGUGGGUCUAAAAUAAACAAUGUUCUUGUGCACUAUGUA